AUAAUUAUUUAUAUUUUUGAAAAAAUGAUAAAAAAUCUCUACAUUCACGUGUAUAACUCUAGAGGGUGCUGGGUGUAAGUAAGAGCUCAGCAUAUAAACGCCACGUACAUGCAGUACCUGCCAUCGACCUGCCGCCACCUGCCGCCACCUCCUCUUCAUGCAGUUUCUACUAUGAAUCUCUGUCAAGCAGCCAUCUUUUCAUUUCAACUUGAACUUGCAGUCUUCAAUGGACAAGAAGAAGCUGGUGGUGCGAGGGGCUACGGCGGUGGCUGUAGCUUUUCUUGCAAUCUUCUUAGCUCCUUUCUUUUAUCCAGUGCCCAAAAUAAAAGGUUCUCGCGACGUGCUACAUGCAUCUCGAGUUCUUGAUCUCUCGACGGCCGGGGCUGUCGCCGGAGAGAGUCUGGAUUUUGAUCCAAAAGGAGAAGGACCUUACACAGGCGUUGCUGAUGGUCGAAUUCUUAAGUGGGAAGGCGAAUCGGUUGGCUGGAGAGAAUUUGCAAUUGACUCUCCUCAUAGGCAGAGUUGCACUCAACCAUCUUUUCCACAAUUGGAGCAUAUAUGUGGGAGGCCAUUAGGUGUAAUGUUUGAAAAGAAGAGUGGAGAUUUGUAUAUUGAUGAUUGUUAUCUCGGCCUGAUGGUAGUUGGCCCUGAAGGCGGCCUGGCCAAACAACUAGCAAUAGAAGCUGAAGGCCUCCGUUUCGAUUUUACCAACCAUAUGGACAUCGAUGAGCUUGAUGAUGUUAUUUACUUCACCGAUAGUAGCAAAGUUUACAACAUUAGGACAUACAUGAAUUUGAUCAUGAGUGGAGACCGAACAGGGAGAUUGAUUAAGUACGAAAAGAAAAACAGAAAAACGACAGUGUUGUUAAAAGGGCUUGGAUUUCCAAAUGGUGUGGCAUUAAGCAAAGACCGAUCCUUUGUUCUAGUUGCUGAAUCCACUCGGUUUAGGGUUCUCAGGUUUUGGCUUCGUGGUCCUAAUGCCGGCAAGCAUGACGUUUUUGCUGAUCUUCCCGGUGCCCCAGACAAUAUAAGGAGAAACGAAAAGGGUGAGUUCUGGGUAGCUAUGUACACCAAGAAAACACUUUUUGCAUACAUGGGUUUUACUAAUCCAUGGUUCGGAAAUAUCCUGCUUAAGUUAUUGAACUUCAGUCAAUUAAACUCACUGCUAAUUGGAGGGACACCCCAUGCACUUGCUGCAAAACUGAGUGAGACCGGAGAGAUUAUUGAGGUGCUGGAAGAUUCGAAAGGGAAGACACUGGCAUUUAUCAGCGAAGUGCUGGAGAGAGAUGGGAAGCUCUGGAUUGGGUCUAUAACCACGCCAUAUAUAGGCAUUUAUGAUUACGAUCGCUUGUGGAAUGCUGAAUCUUGAAGAUAUUUCCUGCUCGAUGAGGAAAUGGAGUUGCCAUCUCCGAAAUCUUACUCAUUUCCCCCCAUAAGGGUUCCAUACCAUUCCCAACUCAUCAAAUUCUAUUAUCAACUUAAAGAUUAACGCGAUUCCUGUUUUCGGGAUCGGUUGUUGAACAUAAUCUGAUGAUCGUUUCAGAAAGUACAACGAU